UGCAGGUUUGCACCAUGUCCUUGACUCCUGUCCUGCUCGUACUCCUUGUCUACUGCACAGGUGGUGGCCCUCAGCCAGUGCUGCAUCAGCCGCCAUCUGUGUCCUCAUCCCUCGGAACCACAAUCCGCCUCACCUGCACCCUGAGCAGCGAUCAUUACAUCGGUGUUUACAGCAUCUACUGGUACCAGCAGAAGCCAGGCCACUCACCUAGGUUCCUGCUGAGAUAUUUCUCACACUCAGACAAGAGUCAGGGCCCCGAGGUCCCUCCUCGCUUCUCUGGAUCCAAAGACAUGGCCAGGAACAGGGGCUACUUAAGCAUCUCCGAGCUGCAGCCGGAGGAUGAGGCUAUGUAUUACUGUGCGAUGGGGCUCCAGAGCUCGGAGAGAAGGGAGAAAGCUAAAGAGAGGGAAAGGAGGGAAGACUCGGAGCCUGCUGCACUCCGGGACACACGUACCUUGGCCUGA